AUGCCUGAGAUACCAGAAUGUUUGAGUCGCCGUUACAAAGCGUUGGACGAAUUGAUUCAAAAGCUCAACUCCGAUCGACCGAGUGACCCGCACGCUGAAGGUGCAUCAACCGACGAUCCAGCUUUAAAGUUGAUGUGCGACUUUUGGGAUAUUCUCAAAGAAGAUCCGAAUUUAAAUUUGACGAAUGCUGUACACCAAAGUAUGAGAGCCAAGUUUUGGUCAAAUGUCACGUGUUAUCGCUCCGGAUGUUGUGAUGACAAAGCCGUCAAUAAACCUAAAAAUGUUAACCAAAAAAGUGCAAAAUCGGGGUGCUGUCCGAGCUCCGCAGCACCGAGCGCAGCUGCGAGCCUGAAUAGCUUCCCUUUGAAUAAAGUUUUGUGCAACUUGACUGAAGCCGCAUCAUUUGAUAAAAAAUGUCAAGAGAAAAUCAGUAAGUUGUUGGAAACACAAAAGAAGUUGCAAGCGCAAAUACAAGUAUUGGAGGACAGAGAAAACUCCGGUAAUCAACUGAUGAAGCAAGCCGAUUGCAUGUGGUCAUGUAUGGAAGAGGCUUAUACGAAAAAAAUCGCUGAAUCAUUAUCAAGGCAGAAUGAUUUAUCAAAAAAGCUUAAAGAAGUUGAAGAAAGCAACAACAAGUGGCGAAAAAACAAAAAAGAUUUAGAUUUUCAAAUGAAUAACAUAAAUAAAUGCUAUGAAGAAAUAAAGGAAAAGAUAAAUGAAAAAACAAGCGACAUUAAAUGCAUCGAUUUGGAGAUAGACAAUUUCAAAAAACACAUUGAAUGCAACAAAAACGACCUUGAAGUAUCUAAGAAAUCCUUUGACAAUAAAAAGAAAGCUUCGGAUGCCAAAAUGAGUAGUAUUGCAGCUGAAAUGUCUAAAAUAGAAAAAUCCCACAGUGAAGUAAACAAGCAUAAAUCAUUAAAAGAAGGAGAAGGUACAAAGUAUAUUAAAGAAGCGAGAGAAGAAUUACAAAAACUCUGUAAAGCAUUAUUGAAAAAGAAACUCGAACGCGAGGAUCUGAAUGCAGAGAAAGAAGCUUUGCUGUUAGAGAUAGAUUUACUUAUUCAAAAUUGCGAUCAGUGUAAAGAUAAAUGUAAAAACAAACAACUAUCUAUCGAUAACGAAAUAAAGGCAGUCCAAAAAGAAAUUGUUGAUUUCAAAGUUAAGUGCACACAAUGUCACCAAUGUAUUGAUACGUCAGACAUUAGAAAAAUAUGUACCGAUUGUCCAAGAUGUCUUGAAGAACUAAGUUGUUUGAAUGAAGGCGACCACUGUACUCAUGAUUACGCUUUAGAUUGCGUUUGUAUGACAGUGAAGCAAAAAUUUUUGGAUAAUGUGUUUGAUAAUAUGUAUACACUGCUAGAAAGACAGGUCCAAACUAAUGCUGGAAAAGCAGUAGCUGACGAAGUGUUGAAUUGUUUGAAAAAAAGUAAAAAUGGUAAAUUAAAUAAAGCGACUCGCAACAUUUUGCAGGAUUUUAUACUGACUACCGUUAAGAAAAAUUUAAAUUUGACUAUAGUUGGUGGUGCUGUCAAGACUAGAUGUGAGAUGGAUGCAGAUAUGUAUAAUCAGCUCAUGAUGUGUCUAAAGCAAGUUAAAGUUACUAAACCAGUAAAAGCAGAUCAAGGGACUGAGGCUAAGAAGGAACCCUGCACACGGUGGGGCGGUACGAACGAAUGCAACUGUCCAAAAGGUCCUAAAGCAUGUAUUUGUGCUAAGAAAGCUCCGGCACCAGCCUCCGAACCGACGUCUUGUCCACCCCAAAAGGGACAAGAUGAAGAUGCAGGUGAAGUAGUCAUAUGUCCACAUAAAGACUCGACGCCAUGUGGUGUAGACUGUGGUAUGCAUGGGAUGCCAAAUGCUGUGGGUAGUGAAGUUGCUGCUUGGCGGCCAAGUCCUUGUCAAGGUCCAACUUGUCAGUUCACGAACAUGAGAGCUGCGCAAUGCGUGCUUGGUUCUGAAUUAUUAUCUUCACAACUACCACCACCUUUGUUAUCUUCACUGAGCAGCCCGCAAGGCAAACCUUGGUUACCUCCCACCAUGUCGAUAUUGGAAGAUCAGGUUGCUGGUAAGAGCAGUGAUAUGAACAAAUUAGACUGCGACUGCCCCACAGAUGUAAGAGGUCAACCCCGUGAACGUAUUAUUGAGGAAGUGUUGGGAGGAUAUACUGAAGUAGCUGCAAUUGAAAAAGUAAGUUACACUAUAAUAAGCACUGACUCUCUUGAUGCAAGACGUUAAAUAUUUCAGUUCGAGGGUAUUCAUUCAUAUGUAUCGGAAUAAAGUUUAUACUUUGUUUACAAACCGUUAAAAUUUU